AUGGCUACUGCUGGUGGGGGCGCUUGCAAGUUCGCACCCCUGUUCCGGGAUGCGCUUCGUGCCUCCCGGCGGGUGGAGCUGGAGCCGGUGAGGGAGAUGCGCGCCAUGGUGGAUGGCUUGCUGGUGCUGGCGCCCCCUUCCUCCACAGGCAUGGACAGCACUGGAGGAACAGAUCAGUGCUUCCAGCAGGAUAUCUUCACCAUCAACGAGGAUGGGACUACAGCGAGCCGGCCCUGGCCAGACCCGCUGUUUCCACUCAUCUUGGUGAUCAUGGGCACCGGCGUUUCGAUUCUGCGCGUGGACUCCGGCGCGCCGGGGGACUUUGUGCGAGUGGGCGGCACCGCCUGCGGCGGAGGCACCUUCUUGGGCCUGGCGCGGCUCUUGACCUCUGCCACCAGCUUCGAGCAAGCCCUGGACAUGGCGGCGGAGGGCAACGCCUCCAACGCCGACAAGCUGGUGAGUGACAUCUACGGAGAUGAAGGUUGUUCCAACCUGGGCCUGCCGGGGAAUUUGACUGCCUCCAACUUCGGGAAGCUUGGGGAGAUGAACUGCCCCAGGUGCGACGAGAAGGACCUGGCGCGAGCGCUUCUGCAGAUGGUGACGCAGCAGUCGGUGCUUCUGGGUUCCGCUUAUGCCCGCAUGGCCGGAUGUAUCAACAGGGUUUUCUUCGCGGGCGGCUUUGUGGACGAGAAGAACCAGAUUGCCCGGACGGUGCGCCAAGGAAUGUGCAGUGUGUUGCUUUGA